GCUCUUGUCUUCUCGCUGCAACCCGAGAGGAAAAAAAAAGAAAGGGAACCCAGCCAGCCUUUGAGAAACUAGUGAGAAAGCUUGGAGAUUUCUCCUUCCUUCUUGCUCUAGAACACACCUAGAACCUAGAAAUCUUCCCUCCCCUGCUGGAAAAGCCGGAUCUGCCUUGCUCUGCUUCUUCACCGCCGGCUGCUCUUGCCUUGUGGGGGCGAAUUGGCUUGGUUUUUGGUAAGAAAUAGCUCGAAUUCUCCUUUCUUUAGCUUGAUUUAGCUUGGGUUUAUCUUAAUUGCUCUUGUUCCUCCAAUUUUUGGGUAAACCCGUGAGCUUCCCCUGCACUUGCCGUCGGCUUCUUCCCCAUGCUAGGUCCGCUUCUUGCUGGAAAAUUCUGCUUGAUUAGUUGCUGUGAUUUUUGGAGAGAAAAUCCCGUGAGAUUAGCUAGUGUUUUGGCUAAUUUGUGGAAGUCGGGGUACUGUUCACGUCGGGGUACUGUUCACUGGUACUGUUCAUCGACACUGUUCACACCCCGAGGGCCAACAUUUAAUGGGAAUUUAAAUGAUUAGUUUGUGAUAUGAGAAUGAUUUGGAGAUAUUUGAUAAUGUGGAGAUUUAUGGAAAUAGCAUUGUGAUUAGGAAUGAUCCUAAUGAUGAUUUCAGCUUGAAUUUGUGAUAGUCCGGUAUUAAUUCUGAGGUGUUUUGAUUAGGUUCCCGAUCGUUCUGUCAGUUAGUGCGUGAAUUGAGUGCUCGGUUUUAUGCGAGUGAGGUAAGUAAAUUUAUGGUAAUGCCCGUACUGUUUUAAAAGCAUGUUUUGAUUUGUUUUUGAAGUGGUGGCGGGACUAAACCCGUUUUACACAAGUAUGACUGAUUUGAAGUGAAAUGUUUAUGUUUUUCAUGAAAUUGAGCAUGCCUACUUGAAAUUUAAGUGAUUGUCCUGAUGAUCUGAAAGUGACUUGAAAGUGAUUGUGAAGUGUGGUUUUUCUGUUAACUUCUGCCUGUUUUGUCUCCGACAUGGUCAUGUAUUCGUGUGCCCGCUAGUGGGAGGUUUAUAAACGCUAGCACAUGUCGACAUGUUAUUGAUAGAACCGGUUCGCUCGUGGCCCUACUAGUGGGGAUUAAACACUAGUACUCGUGUGCCCGCCAGUGGGAGGUUUAUAAACGCUGGCCGUGACCUAUAGAGGAGACGUCUAUUUCGUGCCCGUACUGUAUCUGUUUUCGUGAUUGUACUUGUUGGCAUGCUAUAUGUUUAAAUAAGGGGCACUCCAUAUUUACUUACUGAGUUUAUCUCAUAGUUUUCCUUGUCCACCAUUUCAGGAAGUGAAACUGAGGACGGGGAAACCACGGGAAGUGACGAGUUAGAAGGCUAGCCAUUUUGUAAAGUGAAUAUAGAUUUGAGAUAUAGAUCAUGAUCUUGUAUUUGGAGAUUUUAUGAUAUCAGAGAGAAUUUUAUAAUUUGAUCUUCAGAUUUUGGUGGUAUUAGAGUGUGAUAUGAUAAGUUCCGAGCCUUGUGCACUUGUGGGACCCGUCUCACAAGUGUACGGCGUCUGUCGCGUCUCGA